AUGAACCCGGCCGGAUCAACACCGAUCACCUCCGGGUACUGGAACUGUCCGUUGAUCGUACCGGUUUGGCCAAACUCGAGCAACUGUUCGCCGUACUUGUUGAACAGCUUCACCCGCCGAUUGCCCGCAUCCAGCACGAGCACGGAAGCGUUCUUCUGCACAGCGAUAUCGCUGACCAGCCUGAUCGCCCUUGGUGCAAAGUUUCCGGAGCAGCUGGCCUUCCUGCGAAAAGACAAAGAUGCAGUGCUUCCACUUGUCCGAUACGAACAGCUCCUUGCGCUCCGGAUCGAACGUGAUGCCCUGCGGGUAGCUCAGCUCUUCGUGCGUGAUCUUCUGAACGAUGUGACCAUUUGUUCUGGAAGCAUUGAGGGGAGAGUCUUUCAACACCGGCUCAAAAUGGAGACCCGGUGGACACGGUGCGUCCAGCUUGUUCUUCUUCUAGCCCUUGUAACGAUCCCGGCCAUCAUAGCGUCCUCCGCCACCACACCAGAACAGCACGAGCUAAAGCUCCCGGCAAACGAUCCCAAAGGCACCCAAACCGCGGCCGGGGUAGAAAGCGACACGCGUCCCGAUUCCGGUCACUUACGCACGGCAGCCGACGAACUAAUUGCUGCGCGUGAGUCGUCGCCGGCAGAGUCGUCGUCGCCCAACUACCACCACCAACACCACACGGCGAAGAAACGGCUCGCGGGCAAGGAAAGCAAAAAGUACCGGAAAAAGUACGUGUCCGAGGAUGAUUAUCGAAAAUCGAUGCCACACGAUGCCGGGCCGCAGACGACGAGCGGUGGCGGGAAGCAAGCGAGUGGAACGGCCAAAUCCAGCGAACCGCACAGCAGAAAGAAGCGCCUGAUCUGGGUUACGGACGACGGUCGGUUAGCGCUGCCGCCCGGUACGUCACUAACGAUUGCGCCGACGAUCGCCCUACCGUUUGUGCGCUACCCACCGACCGGCUUUCUGUCCAACAUCUCGAUCAGCUUGCCCAUAACGAUUGACUUCGAUAAGCUGGGACUGACGGAUAACCAGAAUCCGCUCGGUGUAUUACCGCCCAUAUUUGCAAGAUCGAUGGGCCAGGCAGCUGGCUCCGUGCUGGCCGACUACGUGUCGGACUAUAUGCGGCUGCAGCGACGAAAGCGGAGCAUUCCCAGCCCGGCGAACGAUCACUUCAAGAUCACCACCAACCGGUUGGAUGAUGAGGAUGGGGAAAUGGCCAUGCCACAGCUUCCGGCCGAGCACAAGCAUGCGUUCCAUGGUGGAGAACGAGCACUGCUGUACGUGGUGGUUGAAGAUUUCAUUGCCAACUUCGGGCUGGAUGGGAGAGCGUGCAUGCUUCGUGCCAUAUGUGAGGUCCACUCGAAGUCGAUCGAGAAGUUUGGGCUGAUCGGUGAGAUGCUGAAGCUGUUCUUUACAGCUUCCCAAUCGCCAUAUGCCGAACAUUUGGAGGAGUACGUAACGGCCGAAAAGAUUGGCCGUGGACAGGAUGGACCGGGUGAAUGCUUCCCGUACUACAAGGACUGCCCGCGCAGUUUGUUCCGUUCGUCCAACAACUUCCAGCAGAUGUACCGACAGCCGGCCGGGGAUCGGCACGAAGCGGAAGACUCCGAUCGUGACGUGGAUGAUGAGGCACACUUUGGCAACGAGAUCCCGAGCGAGCGUGUCGAAUAUCCGGCCCGUGAACCGCGGGCAACCGGGUCGCGGAACAGCAACACCAAAGAAAGUACGAUCGUACAGCUGGAGCAGCGCGAUCUAGCGGAGAUGGCAAUGUAGGGAUGCAAACAAAAAAGCCCAUGUUAGUAAUCACUUAUCUCGGGGGAGUUUCUGUAGUAUAUCUGGUGCUACAAAACAAACGAAUCAUUCGGUUAUGGCAGCGCGUGACGCGAGCCGACCUACUGGAAGGGUAUUAAACAGUUAAGAUCGUUGACAGUUUCACAGCAAUGGAUGUAAAUCUUAGCAGUAGAUGGAUGGAAUCGAUAUUACAGCUUCAUGUGAGCGAACUGCGGCAUAGAGUUCCGUUUCCUUAGAUAGAAUAGUAAUUUAUUCGUAAUGUGUUAGACAGGUACGAUAGUUGGAGACGAAGGGGGCAGGUUUUCUGGAUGUGUUUUUGUGAGCGUAUGGUCACAUAGUGGCCUAAACAGCAUGCAGAAACAGUAUUAGACGAACGUUGUUUUUAAUAUUUAUUGUGUAAUUAUUUGCAGCAACAGGUGCCCAUAAUUUUCAAUGUAGUCGCUAAUGACCAGGGAACGACAAAGAGCAAUAAAGUGAAACCGCGAGU